AUGAAGACUUCCAUCUCGUCCGAUGUAUGGGAGAAGAAGAAGGCGUUGAUCUCCAAGUUAUAUAUGGAAGAAGAAUGGCCCUUGAAGCAGGUUAUCAAGCAGAUACGUACCGAUGAUUUCAAUCCCAGCGAAACCCAACUACGAAGCAGACUGAAGAAAUGGCGAGUGACCAAGCCAUCCCGUCAGACUCGAAAGAAGAGUCUGGCUUCAGCUUCUGGAGGAGAUCCAGACUCAGAUAAGGAUACGAAGCGCACGGCAUCCAUCCAAAGACCACUGCCAUCAAUACCAACAAGUGAGACACCAACAACCCGCCAUGAGUGGCCCAUGAUACGAUCCAGCUACGGACAUUCAUCCACCCUUCACCAUCCUGUCCCAGAUCAGGACCGAAAAUGGAGCUCUCCUAUGAUCCAACAACUCACCCCAAGCCCCUCCGGCGAGCACACCCCCAUCCCAGACCGCACACCAGCCGUCUCUUAUUCUGACCCCAGUCCAACAACAACGUCUUUCGACCAGAGCCACACCUCCCCAGUCGGCGAGGGUUCCCUGCUAAACACAACCCCUGCCGUGGCCUCAUCCUACCCAGCCUACCCACUCUCACCCGAAUCGUGCCUCCCGAGCCCAGGCACGGCAACGACCCCCGGCGGCAUUGGCUGGUCACCCCGCACCGUUUCAGUAGACUACGGCCUCAACCCAUCUCAGUGGUACUCACUACCCUUUGAAGCUAUCACUCCCCCAGCCGUCCCCCAGUCCACGGCUGCUCCAAUGGCCCCUUCAAUGAACGGCUACCUCCCUCAAGCCCAGCUCUACCGUCCCCAAUACCAUCACCACUACGAGAUACCUGAUUACACCCAUGGUUAUGAUGCCAAGAACUGGAAGCGCGCUAUGUCAUUGCAGUAUGAUAUGGCUGGUCAUCUGGCUGCCCGGCCCGAGCACGAUAGGAAGCAUAUACUCGCACACACACAGCUUCAUGUCCAGCCGCAUCCUAUGGCAUCACCCCCGCAUACCCAACUCGAUGGGCCUCAUUGUGCUCCGAUCAUGCCGUAUAUGGGCUAUGAUAAUUAUGCGCAGAAGCCUCCGGGAGUUGGAUACUAA